AUGCCGUCACUUGAUCCAGUUUUUUCGGUAGGCAGAGGAGGCGCCGGUAAUAUGAUGAAUGCCAAUACGGCACAGAAAGCAGAAAAUGAGGUUGUUCUCCAGGAGGAGGGAAUAAGGAAAGGAAAGAAUAAAAGCGGAAGUUUUAAGGCAGACAAAGAGGGGAAUUAUACAGUGUCAGCGGGACGUGGUGGAGCCGGAAAUAUAUACAAAGUGAAGGAGGACCCUUUAACGACACGAAAUAGAGAGGAUGCCCAGAAUCAGGAUCACGAAAUGGGGGAUUUACGGCCGGUGUACUCGGUGGGACGAGGCGGUGCAGGAAAUAUGGUGUGGAGAAAUAAGAAGGAUAAAAGCAACAACGAUGUGAUGAAUACAACCAUAAGAGAGGACAUAGAUCACAACAUUUCUCCAGUUCAUUCGGGUGCCUCUGGGAGGAGUUAUGUGGAAAACUUGCAGGAUAAUGCAUCCAACAAUAGGGGCCACAAGUUUUUACAAAAAAUCAAGAAGGUAUUUGCCUUCAACUAA